GAGCACCAGCCCACUGCCUCAGUCCGCACAGCCGCUGGCCACGUCUCAAAACACGGCGACACCGGGCAGAGGCUCCGAGCUGCGGGAGGAGAGGACUGAGCACCGGCUCCGGCUCCUGGCACCACGAGCGAGAACACGGCUGAAGCCCUUUCUAUUCUUACAGCUGAGGGAACACACAGCUCCACAGAGGGCGAAGAUAAAAAGCUCCACAUAAAGCAGCAGAAAGAUCGUCGGCCAUGAUGCCCCGCUGCAGAGUGAACCUCAGCACCAUGAUCUUCCUUGUCAUCCUCCAGGGGGCGGCGGUGGUGCUGUUCUGCGGCUGGUACGUCCAGCUCAGCCCCUGCGGCUCCCCCCCCUCCAAUGGCGGCAAAGUGCAUGUCCUGCUGCUGUCCUCCUGGAGAUCAGGCUCGUCUUUCGUGGGGCAGGUGUUCAGUCAGCACCCGUCUGUCUUCUACCUGAUGGAGCCGGCGUGGCACGUGUGGACCAAGCUGCAGAAGCACGGGGCGCGAGCUCUGCGCAUGGCGGUGAGGGAUCUGUUACGGAGCGUGUUCCAGUGCGACAUGUCUGUGAUGGAGGCCUACAUGCCGGAGCAAAUCAACAUGUCCUUUUUGUUUAUGUGGAGUCACAGCAGAGCGCUGUGCUCGCCGCCGGCCUGUCCUCUCACCCCCCGCAACCAGUUCAGCAACCAGACCCAGUGCUUCAAGGCCUGUGAUGCUCAAGGCCUGCAGGGGGCCAAGGACGCCUGCGGCAGUUACAGUCAUGUGGUACUAAAGGAAGUGAGAUUCUUUGAGCUAGAAUCCCUCUACCCGCUGCUGCAGGAUCCAAACAUAGACCUCCGCAUCAUCCACCUGGUCAGGGACCCGCGGGCCGUGGUGCGGUCCAAAGAGGCGUCAGCCAACGCCUUUGUGUACGAUAACUCUGUGGUCUUGGAGCAGAGGAACGUCCCACCGGCAGAGGUGCAGUACCAGGCCAUGCAGGAGAUCUGCCGUAGCCACGUGCGCAUUCAUGAGAGGGCCAUCCUGAAGGCCCCUCCGUUUCUGAAAGGCCGCUACAAAAUGGUGCGCUACGAGGAUGUGGCGCGCAACCCUCUCGACGAGAUAAACGCCAUGUAUGAGUUUGUAGGUCUAGAGAUGACCGAACAGCUGCAGGAAUGGAUCUUCAAGGUGACGCACGGAAAAGGCAAAGGCUCCAAGAAAGAUGCCUUCGAAAUCUCGUCACGAAACGCUGCUGACGUCUCGCAAGCUUGGCGCACCGCGCUGCCUCACAGCAAGGUCAAACGCAUCCAGGAAGUGUGUAAAGGGGCCAUGUCGUUGCUCGGGUACAGAACGGUUAACAGUGAAAAAGAACAGAAGAGACUUGACAUAGAUCUACUUGUGCCCCGGGAACCGUAUCAGUUCAGCUGGUUGCCAGCUAAGACAGAGCAUCCCGGUAAUGCUUAAAUUACCUUCUGUUUCUGAAUAGCAAAGACACCAAAAGACUACACUGGACUGAAGUCCAUGUUCUUCAUAGUCUUUAAUAAGUGCUACAACUGAGGGAACACUGGCCUGAUUUCCCUGGUUAAAGCUUUGAUUAGUCAGUAGAGUGAUGGGAUUUCAAUGUAAAAUGACAGAACAGCAAUAUUGAAUGCAAGGGCCAAAAAAUAAAUGUAUAACCAAACUGGAAGACACAUUAACCCAGACCGUUAAUAUGCAUCUUAGCCAAUAAGAGCACAAGUGCACAGCUUUAGAAAUGUAAGCAAAAUCAAGACGCUGUGGAUCCCACCAUCAAACCACUUGCCAGGGUGGUCUGGGAUUUGACCACAUAUAUUUGUAUAGCGUAUCAGAAUGUGUCCUGAUGCGUCUCAACAAGAUAAAAACAGGAACAAUUGUCAUUAGAACCCCUCCCAUUGUUUUCUUCCUCCUUUCCUCAUCUCCAGUUGGUUCUAAAAUGUUAAUAGAAUAACGACAUGAAGGCUUCAUUCAGAACCAAGCGGGAAACUCUAUCUAACAGCAGCCCCUAGAUGUUCAUACUGCCCAAUGCUUACCAAAGAGAAUUUAAAUGUACCCAGAGCAGCUCACUGAGAGACAACUCAACAAUAUAUCUUACACUGGCUUUGUUCACAACGUCUGAACAUAUCAAUUUUGGCCCCAUCAUGGCCCCACAUGAAAAUAAUUCAGUUGUAAACAAGAACAGAUUAUUACAUGGUACUUGGUCUGGACAAAUUAUAUAUUUUUAAAGCCACUACGCAUACUUUACACUUUGUUUCCGAGCCGGAGUUUUCCACAGUGUUGGGGACAGUCAGAGCAUAUUUAACAGGGCAGGAUCCCUGCCAGUCCUGCUGCUGCCAUCCCUCCCUGGCCCAGAGAACUCGUGUUAAUUCACUGCAUUUGAAUGCACAUUGUUUGGAGCUGGGCCCCAUGCCAGUGUCCCCUGAGGGCCGGAUCACUGAUGACGCUCCCUCAGAGGAGGAGAGCCAGUCUUUGUCCCUGAGACAGGAAGUUUUCUAGGGUUUUUGAUCUGCAUCUGAAGGUGCGCGGGGGGCAGGAAGUACCCUUACAUCGUUUGAGAGGUGCAGAGGUCUGAUAAUAGCGUGAUGAAGUGAAUUUGAUUAAUCGAAGAGAAGAGAAGUCUGUCACUGAGCUUCAUUGGAGCUGAAGUCAGGAUGAAUGGUUGAACCUCCAUCCUUUUAGGAUAGCUGCUGUUAAAAAACAUCUUAACAUUUACUUGUUACACAUAUCAAAUGAGUCAUUCAUGACGGGGCACAAUGUUUCGCUGUUUAGGAGUUGUAUAAAAGUGGUAACUAGCUAACUCUUAAUCUUCUUCCUGGAACACCCCAGUUAUAUUUGUUUACAGAAUUUAUUAUUUGUCCUUGGUUGAUUAAUCAUUACACUGACACAGUAGAUGGUGUUCUGAGUCAAAUACUUUUGACAAUGAUUAAGGAUCAAAGCUUUAGUCAAUAUGUUAGGGAUAAUAUGCAGUGAAGCGGUCAUUCAUGAAAAAAGAACACCGACAGGGGGAUCAGGAAUCCGACGCCAAGCGGUCAGUGUUCUUUAUUCCCCAUUAGUGUUCACUUCCUGUCUGUCUUCUUUUGCUGUUCCCUUUAGUGUUUACCUGCUGUCUGUCUUCUUCUGUUGAUUUCUCUGACGUCUGUCUUUUAACCUCUUUCCUUCUCUUGCUCUGUUUUUCUUUUCUUUACUGGGGACAGUUUAGCCAUCAUGAAUCCAAAGUGUUGCACUCUCCACAAAUAUAAACAUAAAUAUUGAAAAAGUUGUCCACAGCUGACGUUACAUGGACCAGACUUUGACUUGAUCAUCUUUAGCAACAGUCUGUUCUCCUUAGCAACAGUCUGUUAGUAAAAAUAAGCAGACCUCUGGAAUGUCCAAAUUGACCAAUCAGAAUCGAGUAUUCAACUAAGCUUUGAAGAUUGUUAAAUCAUGUUGAUUUACAUCUUACCAGCCAAAUUAAGUACUUUUAGUAGUAAGCAUUUCUAUUAUAAAGUGCUUUCUGAUAAGAGGUACAAUUCUCUUCUUCACAUUAGUUUCCUUUAAACCUAAACUUGAGCAUUGUUUGAUGUCUUUGUUUAAUGUGCAGCAGGCUGUGGGAAUAGUUGUUGGUAGAAACAGCCAGAGUUCUCUGAGUUCAAACGUCUCUCAGCUCAGUGUGGUAGUUUACUGCCUGCCACUCACCAUUCUUGUUUCCAGCAGCUGUUUAAAGAAAAUCACAGAUGGAGCCACAGAGCAGCUAGAAUGAAGAAACAGGACCUCAGAGGCAGGAAUUAUAUUGUGACUAAGGAUUUCUCAAGGGAUAAGAAUUAAGCAUUUAUAGGACAAUUCCAACAUAUUCACAUCAAUUAAAAGCAGCUCAUAACAACAUACUAGAAUGUCCUGAGCAUUAGUGUGUUACAUUGUGAAGUUGUUGUUUGGCUGUACCACAUCUUGUGUGUCAGUUUGACCCACGGUUUAUUUAAUAACAAUCGCCUACUGGAGAUAUGUACCUGCUUAAGGUAAAUAUUACAUUAACAUUCAACGCAUACAGUAAGGGUACUGUGUUGAAAGAGUUAACAUGUCUGAAGAUGAGAGUCCGCCUGCCUGUAUGGAACAUAUGGAACAGAGCUGGCUGAGUACAUUGUGUUCUCUCAGUGUCUGCACAAAUGCUGGUAUGUAUGGUUUCCCAGUGGACAGACUGUUGAAUACUGUGCUUGUUUGCUAGGUAUCCCACCCUUUGCAUUCAUAAUUAUGUUUAAAAUAAAGUGUUCAAUAGCACUGGUAUGGGUGUGUAAGAUGUCAUUAUAGGGAGUUUUAAGUCAAUCACACAUGAAGAGUGGGGAUGCCAUGAUGAGUUUCUGCAGUGUGAUGCUUUAACCAAAAAGUGGUCAGCAGUCACAUGUAGAUAAACUGAUGAUGUUUAAUGUCCUGACCUGGAGAAGUUAUUAUUACGUAAUUUGUUUUUUACUGUGGAAUUAAUCAAAAGUUUGUGAAAAUGUUGCCACUGAUUUAAUGAAGUGCCUGCACAUUGAACAUGUGUCGGUGUGCAAUGUGAAACAUGUGAGACUGUUAUCUUUAACCACAUCUCCUUUAUUUAGUUUGAAGAGUCGGUGCCUUUCAGAGCUGCCAGUUUGUUCAUGUAUUUAUAUGAAGAUGACUUGAAGCGGGAACUAUACGGUACAAAUGACUGCAAUAAAUAUUUACUUGUCA